AUGGCCCGACGAAAGCUGGGUAGGUAUCUCUCACUACAGGCUUGCCUUCACACUUUGACCAACCUUCUGGACAAUAAACUGGACAUACUGUCUGCAACAUCUGGAUACCUGGAGCAGGCACACCAGAAGAUCUUCUGCUGGUGCUGCUUUGAGUUCCGGCAGAUGGGUCGGGACGCCCAGCUGAAAGUCAGCCCUUCUAUGGGCGAAGCCGUGUGGAGGCUACGACAUCGCCCCGAGCUACUGACCGAGGCGCUUACUUAUCUGUCCCAAACACGUCAAGCGACGUUGCUGACUGCGUUCACUGACGCACUCACGCGUGGAGGUCCCGGCGGAUUGCCUCGACCGAUUGAGCUGCAUGCGCACGACCCGCUGCGAUAUGUGGGAGAUCUGCUCGCUUGGGUACAUCAGGCGAUUGCCGCGGAGCGAGGGUUCUUGGAGGGGCUUUUUGGUGUGAAAGGGGACGGCCGCAUGGUCGGAAGCGUGCGGACGUUUUCCCAGAGCGAAGAAGAAGAAUGGAUGGCUGAGCUGAUAAAUGCGGCUGUGGCAAAACUGUGCACGCCUUUGAAGGGUGCAGCAGACAGUGCGGUCACAGGAAAGCAGCAUCACCGCACGGUUGGCGGGGAUGCAGUUCUUUCUAAGGCGUUGAAGCAGAUGACGGACAUGGUGUAUCAGGUGUCCUUCGAUUCUAUCAACGCGCAAGGUCGUUCGCUGCUGCGCGUACCGCCUGAUCUCGAUGACCGAAGCGUCUCCCCACCGCUUGUCAUUCUUGACCACGCACAGGUGCUGCGUGAAGUCAUGCUAGUAUACGACUCGUCGCUGCUUGGUGAGGAGACGGAGGAGCAAUUGCACGCAGGCUUCCGCGACAUCCUCGACAAGAUGGUCGAUCCGGCGAUCGAGACUUGCCUCACCUCCGCCGAAAAGAAGCAGAAGCUUCAUCCUGGAUGGGACAAGACGAGCGUCAUCGAGCCAUUCGCAUUCACAUCCGAAAAGCAAGGUGUCAUACAAUGUUUGGUGGAAGCGAAAGUAUUGCAACUGACGGAGGAACACUACAGGAAUAUUCUCCGGGACGCCGGGCUGGAAGAAGUGCUCGUCGCAAUCGAUAGUCGUCAGCCGAGUGAGCCUCUAUCACACAUACCUUCCGCUCAACCUACACGAAUCCAAGCUGCGCUGCGUCGCUUCUCAGACUGGCUUUCCGGACCGGGAGUCGUGGAAUCUCCGCGGCUGGCUCAGCUGACGGUGCACCUAUUGUACCAGAUCUUCGGGCUACACGAGCCGGAGCAGGUGGACGAAGCCGCAGCUGUGUAG